UUGUUAUAUUUUCUCAAUGGAAUUAAUAAAUUUGAUUUAAUUCCUUUAACUUCCUUCCUCAUUGCUAUUACAAGCUGGAUGAGUUUGUAUGGAGAUAGGAUGUUGCUUUGAUUUUUAGAUGCUUUGUUAUUAUAUGGAUGUAAAUGCAAUUCAUUACUUCUUUUGGCCUGGCAACUUACUUGCUAAGGUUUCCGAAGGUUUAUUAGCAUUUUAAAAUUGCAUUGAAGUAGAAAUAUUUUUGUGAUUGAAAUAUGUGAAACUUUUAGAUAUUGAAUUGCUUUGGUACCACACUUCAUUCCCCUUCUUCAAAUAUGAAUAAUCUAGUAGAAUUGAUGCAGUUUCCUAUAAAUUUCUGUCUCUGUGUGUGUGUGCUUGUCCACAUGUGCAUGCUCUUUUGCUUUAUCCCUUAUAUUAGUCAAAAAUAGGGAUACCUAGUUAAAAUAGAGCUAUGACCAAGUAGCAUUUGCAGCUCUUUCCUUCAAACCAGAUGUUCCCUAGCUCAUGAGAUGUGGUUCCAUUGUACAAGAAAUUUUAUUUAUUAGAGUGAACCAGAGCAGGAAUAUGGCUGUGUAGAAACUAGGCUGGUUUCAGAAUGACAAUCUUACUUUUGUUCUUAUCUUGUUCAAAACUUGGUUACAAUAUCCUUUUAACCGCCUUUUGUUUGUAUUGAAAUGAAUAACAAUAAUGAACCUACUUCAAUUAGCAAUUUUAAGGCUUUCUUAACUAUUGUAACACUUUUGAAUUAGAAGUCAAACCGCUAUUAUACAUCUCAAGAAAACAAAAAGGUCAAACUUCCAUUUUUUUUUUCUCUGCUUCAAAUCAGGAUAGGCACUCUGUACUAUUUUCUCUUUCGGAUUCUUUUUUCCUUUUUAAAUAAUGAAUAAUAUUUAGUCUGCCAGAGUAGCCCAGUUGGUCAGGGCGAAUGUUGGGAGGUGUGGUCCCUGAAUCUUGCCACUGAUGAUACCUUGAUUUACUUAGUGCUGGUUGUUAGAGUGUGGUCAACACCCCAAGGUUUGGGUCCCCAUGGAGUGUCUUAAGGGCUUGGCCAUAAAAGGUUCCUCAGUUAUCGAAAAAAAAAACAAAAUUAUGAAUAAUAUUUACUUAUGAUUCAUGCUACUCUUAAAUUCUAUGCUAUCUCUUUGCUUUCAUUUCCAAUUGAUUUUCGUACCGUCUUACCUCAAUUCUAGGGAACUUUAGUUCCUAAAAAGGCACAAGGUAUAAAUUAUGGGGUGUAGUGUUAUCAUAUAUCAGACUUUUUGGGAUGUUGUGUUGUUUUAAACCUUCUUAUAUACAUGAUUUGAACUUAGUUUUCACCGUUGGAACCAAAAUUAAGUGUGGUUUUUACCUUGAAGGCUUGAACAAGUAUAGCACAUACUAAUGGGUUGGUUGCAUUAUUUUAUAGUAGGUAAAUAGAAAGUAAUAAGUCAAUAUAUUGCUAUCUUUAUUUUGGAGGGGAGAUCAUAAAGGCUGACGAUGGGUCCAUCAAUUAUAAAGGUGGAUGUACUAAUGGCAUAUGUAUUAAUCAAGGAAUCUCACAUGCUGAGUUUGUUUCUAAAGCAAGUAAGAAAGUCCAAAUUGACCCAUCUAGUCUGUCAUUUAAGUGCACCUUGAAGUUUGAUAAAUCUUUACUCCAGCCAUUGGAUGACGAUGAUGACAUAUAUAACAUGGUCCUCUUCAAUUACGGUUUCUCAAGAGUCUAUGUAUUUGAAGCUCAUAACGGAGGAGUAAAGCAAAGGAGUAAUAGAUGAACAAAGCACUUCUGUUAAUGUGGAAAACAAUCAUUUUUCAUCGCCAUCAUCAUCAUCUCAAGGUGUAAAUGAUGAUAACACCAUUCAGAGACAUGAAGUUGCAUCAAGAUGCAUAGAGUUCGAAGCAAUUCCUCCAGUUUCAAGUACUCUUGGAAAGGCUAUAUCAGGUAGUGGGCAAAUUUUUACAAAUGCUGAUGAAUUCCGGAAUGCACUAUACCUUACCUCCUUAGCUGGACGUUUUAACUACAAGUUCAAGAGGAAUUCUUUAAAGCACAUGACUGCAUGUUGCACAGCUGGUGGAUGUCCUUGGAAGAUAACUGCUCGUGGUGUUGGGGCUACCAAAAUUGUGAGAGUGCACACAUUUGAAAACAAACAUAAUCACUCUGCACAGGAGUCUUCAUCAGUGCCUGCAUUACGACCAAAUAAAGCGGCACUUGUAAUUGAUGAUAUGAUAAGGGCUAACCCUGAUUACCUGCCCCGUCAAAUCUGUGAAGAUGUUGAACGGCAGCAUGGAGUGAAAUUGACCUAUAAUCAAGCUUGGAAAUGUAAAGAGAAGGCGAAGGAGAGAAUAUUUGGUCUUCCACACAAUUCAUAUAAGUUGCUGCCCUGGUUAUGUAAGCAGUUAAUGGAAACUAAUUCUGGGACAAUUGCUGAAUGGACUUCCUCAGACGAAGGUAAUUUCAUGCAAUUGUUCAUUGCACAUGGAUUUUUUGUGCAUGGGUUUUUAAUGGGAUGCCGACCUAUCAUAUCCAUUAACUCAUCCAACUUGAGUGGGCCACACAAAGGUGCUUUGUUUUCAGCCUUGGCAUAUGGUGCUAAUGAUGACAUGUUUCCAUUAGCAUAUGCCAUUGUGAGUUCGGAAAAUUAUUAUAACUGGUUUUGGUUCUUACAGAGGCUAAAGCAGUUAGUUGGUGAAAUGGAGGUGGUCAUCAUUUUUGGAAGGCAUCAUGCGAUUAUUCGUAGUGUUGCUGAGGUUUUUGGAGUUGAAAACCAUGCAUAUUGUUAUCGUCAUCUAAAGGAGGACUUUAGCCACCAGUUGAUGAUGGGAAGGGAAGGUAAAGAUAACGCUCUUAAACUACUUGAUGCUGUUGCAUAUGCAAGGUUAGAAAUUGGUUACAACAGUGCAAUGGAGAACUUAAGGAGAUUUGAUGCUAACUUAGCCAAAUGGGUUGAAGAUAACAAUCCUGAACACUGGGCGAUGUCAAAGUUCCCUAAAAAGCGUUGGGACAAAAUGAAUACUAAUAUCUUUGGGUCAUUUGGUGCUUGGGUCAAAGAAGAACAACAUCACACAAUAUUUAGUUUCAUUGAGAAGCACAUGGAUAUGCUAGCCUCUUUGUUAGUUGAGCGUAAAACCACAAUGCAGAGUUGGGAAAGAUCCAUUGGCCCAAAAACUGAGGAUAAACUCUUGCAUAACAUUGCCAAAAGCGAAACAUUUUCAGAUGGGAAGGCAAAGAUAAGCGUUGACUUGAGGCAGCAUACUUGCACUUGUUUAGCUUGGCAGAUGUUGGGCAUCCCAUGUGAGCAUGCAUGCGCAAUGAUACAGAAGAUGAACCAAGAUGUUUAUGAAUUUGUUGAUGAUUGGUAUCAUUUAUUCAAGCAGGAAAUGGUUUAUUCUGGCACUUUGCAUCCACUUGAGUUUCAGAAUCUGCCAACAGUUCAUUCAGAUGGAAAUGUGCAUGAUCCAAAUGGUUAUGUGCAUGUUUCUCUUGAUCCUCCUGUUACAAAACGUUGUCUUGGAAGACCUCGAUGGCAACGAAUCAGGCCAAAUUUAGAGAACAGAUAAUUGUACAUUGCUCUCAUUGCAACGGGGCCAGUCGGAAUUGUGCUACCUGCAAUGAUCCAAAUAUCUGAUCUAAAUCUUUGUAUGAUUUGAUGUCCAGCUAUUGCAGACAUUUGAUCUAACCUUUUUUACAUAUUGUAUUUGGUUUUCCAAAAUUCUAUCUGGGUGUUAUUUGUAACUGAGUGUGUUAUGACCUUUUCAUUUUGUUAAGUUUCUCCUGAUUCUUAAUGCUCAAAUUGAUCAAAGAAUUAUGAAA